AUGGCAACAACAUUCGCCUUAGGUUCCGAUGCUUAUGGCAAAGCUCGUACGUCAGUAAAUGCCCUCAUAAGUCACCAAAGAUCUGAAGGCCGACCAACUGCAGCAAUUUAUCUUACAAUCAAUGUUAAUAUCAAGUUGGCCAAAUCUAAAGACUACAGACCUCGAGUAAUUCCCCUUUCACACAAGCUCGAUAAGAUAUCUAACAAAACCGUCUUAUUCAUUUCAAAAGAUCCAGCAAGCCACUAUAGAGAUAUAUUGACAGCUAAAGACUCUCCUACUGAAGACGCAUUUAAGGAAAUUAUAUCUUUGAAGAAACUCAAACUGAAGUCGAAAUCACCAAAGACGUUGAUAAAAUUGUACAAGGAGAACGAUAUAAUAGUAGCGGACAAUAGGGUCCACAAAUUUCUACCAGAUGUGUUGGGAACCACUUUCUACGCAAGGAAAAAGAAAGUUCCCUUUAUGCUUCAAAUGGCAAAGCCUGACCCAUCGGCCAAACUAAGAAGAACUCAACAAAAUAAACUCAAAGAUGAUAGAUGUGAUGCGGAAUAUGUUUAUAAACAGCUCAAGUCUAUUGUGGGAAAUACUUCAUUUGUGCCCACGAUCAACGUUGGUGAUGUGAUCUCACUCAAGAUUGGGUAUGCAAAUUGGGUCGUCGACGAUUUGAUUGAAAACAUCAAUGAUAUUGUGAAGUACCUAACAAAUGAAGAAAAUAGAGCCGCUAUUGGGGCAGCAAUAAAUUUGGAAAACUUGGUGAGUGUGAAUGUCCGAGGAGAGGGUAGUAUAAGUCUACCCGUCUCGGAGAGAUCUAAGGAAACAGGUCAGAAAGAAGAUGACGACAGUGAUUUUGAUUUUUGA